AUGGCAAAGGCUCGCGUUAAGAAGCGCACUCACACCCGCCCCCAAAAUGCCUCUGCGGCUCCCAAGGGUGGUGCGGCUGCUCUAACCAAGACUCCGAAGUCCAUGGUCAUUCGAGUCGGCGCUUCGCAAGUUGGUACUAGUGUUACUCAGCUUGUCAAAGAUGUUCGACGAAUGAUGGAGCCCGACACCGCUGUGCGAUUGAAGGAACGCAAAUCUAACCGACUGCGCGACUAUACUGUGAUGGCUGGCCCUCUUGGCGUCACUCAUUUGAUGCUUUUCUCCAAGUCCAAGACCGGAAACACCAACAUGCGACUCGCGGUUACACCUCGUGGCCCUACCCUCCACUUCCAAGUCGAGAACUACUCACUCUGCAAAGACGUGGAGCGAUCAAUGAAGCGCCCUCAAAGUGGUGGUCAGGACCACAAGACCCCCCCUCUGCUGGUCAUGAACAACUUCAAUACCGCCGAUGUCGAUGAAGACGCCAAAGCCGAGGACGACUCCUACGUCCUGAGUCUGCGACACUAUGCCAUCGCCACAAAGAAAACCGGCGUCUCAAAACGCAUCCGUCGCCUAGAUCCCAAGGAGAUUCGCAACAGAGAAAAGAAGAAGGCCGCUGUUCCCAACCUGGGUAAACUCGAGGAUGCUGCUGACUAUCUGCUGGACCCGUCUGCUGCUGGUUACACAUCCGCGAGUGAGACCGAGCUUGAUACCGAUGCCGAGGUGGAGAUUGCGGAGAGCACAACCCGGAAGAUCCUCAACAAGCGGGAAGCUCAACGCCAAAAGGCUAACGAGAAGGGAGAGAAGGCCGAUAAGAAGGACGCUACCCCGGGUGUUGAGAAGCGUGCAGUCAAGCUGGUCGAGCUUGGACCUCGCCUGAAGCUUCGACUUAUGAAGGUCGAGGAUGGUGUGUGCGAUGGCAAGAUCAUGUGGCACGACUAUGUCACCAAGUCUGCUGCCGAAGUUAGGAAGUUGGAUCAGAACUGGGCAGUUCGUCGCAAGGAGAAGGAGAAGCGCAAGAAGGAGCAAAAGGAGAACAUUGAGCGGAAGAAGAAGGACAAGGCCAAGGCUAGGGCCAAUGGCGAGAAGGUCAACGAUGAUGAAGACGACGAGGAGGAUGUCGAUAUGGACGACGAGAAUUGGCUUUCCGAUGACUUUGAUGAUGAAGGAGGGGACGAAGACGACUCGGAUGAGUCUAUGGAGGAGUGA